UGAGAAAGAUAAUAAAUUUGAAACCCUCAUAAAGUCAAUAUCAAAACAAGAUGCUAUUCCUGUCAAAAUUUCUUUAAUACCAAAAACAAUUGACAUAGCAAAAAUGUUAAGUACUCUAACAAUUCAAAAUAUAAAAUCAAGAAGAAGAGUAGCAAAGAUUUUGGCAGCAAGAGAAGUAAAAGAUUCUAAUUGGAAUAUAACAUCAAAUCUCACAAGAUCUAAUAUUAUUGUAUCUAAUAUUGAGGGUGAUUCAGCAGAAACGGUAAUUAAUAUUCAAAAUUUUCUUACUCAUAGUUUACCUUCAUCACCGACAAGUCAAAGUAUUUCUAAUGAAACAGUUGAUGAUAAUACACAUGCUAUUACGAUGGCAGACUUUUCUACAUCAUCGCUUUUUCCACAAGUUUCAAUAUGUGGAGCUCAAAAUAUAUGUUUCACAUAUUUAAAUAUGUUGGGAUGGGAAAAAUUUGUUGUAUCUAUCAAUUCUUUAAAUUCUCAUGCAGCUAUUAUUGUAAGAAAUAAGAAUUAUGGAGAAAAGGGAAAAGAAAUUAUAAAACAUUUUAUUGAAGAG